ACUGCCUCUAUGCAAGAGUUUUUCAAAGCUUUUCCAAAAGCGUAUGAGCCUAAAGAGGUUGAAGAGAAGUGGUACCGGUUCUGGGAAGAGGGCGGCUAUUUCAAAGCCUCCGCGGGUUCGAAGAAAGAGCCGUAUGCCAUCGUCAUCCCUCCCCCUAAUGUGACCGGUGUUCUCCACAUGGGACACGCCCUCGUCACCACCCUUCAAGACAUCUUGAUCCGGUGGAAGCGGAUGUGUGGAUUUGAAACGGUCUGGGUGCCGGGAACCGACCAUGCCGGUAUUGCAACACAAACCGUGGUUGAACGGCAUCUCAUGAAGACUCUUGGCAAGAGACGGUCUGACUUUACGCGGGAAGAGUUUCUAGGCCAUGUCUGGAAGUGGAAAGAAGAGAGCGAAACGCAGAUCCUCAAUCAGAUUAGAAAAGUCGGCUGCUCCUGUGAUUGGAGUCGGCUGAGCUUUACCAUGGAUCAGCCGCGUAGCCGAGCUGUGAGAACGAUGUUUAAAAAGAUGUUCGACGCAGGUCUCAUCUACCGUGGUGACUACCUCGUCAAUUGGGACCCUGUCACACAAACAGCUCUGGCCGACGAUGAGAUCGAGUAUGAAGAGAGAGAAUCGGCCCUCUAUUACAUCCGGUAUCCGAUUGUGGGAACCGAUCAACACUUGACCGUUGCAACCGUUCGCCCUGAGACACUCCUGGGUGAUACGGCCGUUGCCGUCUCCCCUCAAGACCUCCGCUAUCAGUCUUUGAUCGGCAAGCAGAUCACCAUUCCGGUUGUCAACCGACAGGUCCCCAUUAUCGGCGAUACGUCGAUCGAUCCCGAGUUUGGAACAGGGGUUGUCAAAAUCACCCCUGCCCACGAUCCGAAUGACUACGAGAUGGCACAGCGACACAACCUUCCGAUGAUCAACAUCAUGACACCAGAUGGGUGUAUCAAUGAAAAUGGGGCCGAGUUUCAAGGUCUCCCAAUGGAAGAGGCGAGGAAAGCGGUUGUCGAAAAGCUCAAAUCGUUAGGAUUGCUCGAAAAGGUCGAAAAAUACACCAACCGCGUGGGUCUCUCCUACCGCUCCAAAGCGGUGAUUGAGCCGUACCUUUCGAAGCAGUGGUUUGUCAAACUCUCCCAUUUUAAAAAUAAGCUCAUCGACCUUGUUCAGUCGAAAAAGGUGAAGCUGAUUCCCGAUUCGUUCGAAAGCACCUAUUUCCAUUGGAUCUACCACCUCCGCGACUGGUGUAUCUCUCGCCAAAUUUGGUGGGGCCACCGGAUCCCCAUUUGGUACAACACCGAAGACCCUUCUCAAAUGGUCUGCUAUGCCGAAGAGGGAAUCCCUCCAGAGGUCGCUCAAAACCCGACCCUUUGGGAACAAGAUACCGAUGUCUUAGAUACGUGGUUCUCAUCGGCUCUUUGGCCAUUUGCCGUUUUUGGAUGGCCUGAGAAACCCCCCGAUCUAGAAAAGUUCUACCCAACCUCUUGCCUUGUGACGGGGCAUGAUAUCUUGUUCUUCUGGGUUGCCCGCAUGAUUGUGAUGGGAGACUACGCGUUUGAUAAACCUCCCUUCUCCGAUGUCUUUCUCCAUGGCCUCAUCUUUGACAGUCGCUGGGAAAAGAUGUCUAAAUCGAAGGGGAAUAUCAUCGACCCUCUCGAGAUCAUCGCCUCGUACGGGACGGACGCGAUGAGAAUGGCCCUCUCCUCCGCAACGACACAUGCGCGGCAAAUCGAUCUCGACCGUCGCCGUUUUGAAGAGUUUAAAAACUUUGCCAACAAAAUCUGGAAUGGAGCUCGCUUUGUUUUCAUGAACCUCGAAGGGCUUGAAGUCAAAGACGGCAUCGAUAUGGACAUCCUCAAGCUCGAAGAUCGAUGGAUCCUCUCCAAGCUCAACCGGAUCAUCCAAGAGGUCAAUGCCUCUCUCUAUGAGUACGCCUUUGAUAAAGCGACAAAAGCCGCCUACGACUUUUUCUGGAAAGAGUUCUGCGCCUAUUAUGUCGAGAUGGUCAAGCCGGUGUUAUUCGGCAAACUCGGGACGGCGGAAGAGAAAAGCAACAAACAGAAAAUCUUGCUCGUCGUGCUCUGCAAUGCGGUCCGACUCCUCCACCCGAUGGCCCCCUUCAUCACCGAAGAGCUCUUCCAGCUUCUUAAACCUUUUGCAGGUGGCUUUCCACAAGAUCCGUAUACCAAAGAGACAGUGGAGGCGCUUCAGGCUCCCGCCUGUAUCGUUGCCCCUUAUCCCAAGGUGAUUCGAGAACUCGACAUCGACUCUGCCAUUGAAGAUGAAUUUGCAGCCGUUGACGGGCUUGUGCACGCCGUUCGGAAUAUCCGCGCAGAGAUGCAAAUUCCACCAGGGGUUACCACCGCUCUCUAUAUUGUGGGGAGUGAGAAACAGCUUCAAUUUGUGCAGAAACACGAGACCAUCCUCAAAGCCCUUGUUCGUCUAGAGACCCUUCAACUGAUGACAACGGAAAAGCCGCUGACCUUUGCCUCCACAGCCGUGGUGGGAGAUCUCAAGCUCAUCAUCCCCCUCCCCUUGGAGAUGCGAGAAAGAGAGAGAACUCGACUCACAAAAGAGCGAGAUAAACUGAUCGAACAACAAAACACCACUCGAAUCCAGCUUGGGAACCGAGAUUUUCUCGCGAAAGCCCCUCCGCUGUUGAUCGAUAAGCUGAAAACCAAUCUUGAUCAAGCUGAAAAAGAGCUCUAUCUGAUUGGUCAGAAGUUAGAAAAU